GUUGCUAUGGGCAACUGGGCAACUUUUCCUUUGCACAGGUUUUGCCAUUGUACUGGAGCCACACUGAAUGGAGCAAGUCUUCUUCUUCAGGCCUGCAGCUUAUUGUGAAUACAACCCUAGGAGGCUGAGGGAGAUUGAAUGAUUUCUAAUAGUAAAAAGGAUUACUCCCCCGCAAAGAAACAUGAGGGUCCUUCUUAUUUUGGGAGUAGCUCUACUUUUCACGUUGGCCUUUGCGGAUCAUCAUAAGGGCGGGCCGAAACAUGACAAGGAUGAUCAUGAUGAUCACAAACAUGAUCAUGACCACCAUGAUGACCAUGACCACCAUGAUGACCAUGACCAUGAUCAUAAACACCACCAUCACAAGAAAGGGGAACGCCAUGGCAGAAAGCACCACCAUCACCACAAUGAGUCCUUAUCCUGCCACAAGAUAGCUCCAUACAAUUCUAAAUUCACCUUUGACCUGUAUCGGCAGGUAGCUCUGGAUCAUCCUUCUGAGAACAUUGUAUUUUCUCCUAUUAGUAUCUCUACUGCGUUUGCUUUUCUGUCCCUCGGUGCUAAGGGUCAAACCCACUCACAGAUCAUUGAAGGAUUGGGCUUCAACACUUCUGAGAUCUCAGAGCAAGAAAUCAAUGAAGGCUUCCACCAUCUUCUGCAUCUCCUGAAUGAUGCAGACAGAGAGCUUCAGCUCAGUGGUGGGAACGCUCUCUUCAUUUCCAAGGAACACAAGAUUCUCCAGACGUUCUUAGAUGAAGCCAAGAAAGUCUACCACUCAGAAGCAUUUUCUACUGAUUUCAAAAAUACUGAAGAAGCCAAAAACCAGAUCAAUAGUUAUGUGGAGAAGAACACCCAUGGCAAGAUCGCUGAACUGCUGGACAGUGUAGACCAGGACGCCAUAUUUGUCCUUAUCAACUACAUUUAUUUCAGAGGGAAGUGGGAAAAUCCAUUUGAUGAGAGAUUCACAAAGGAAGGAGAUUUUCAGGUCAAUAAGGACACCACUGUGAAGGUGCCUUUCCUGUUCAGAACGGGAGUGUACAAAGUGGCUUUUGCUGAUGAGGCCACCGUGGUCUCCAUUCCUUAUAAAGGAGAUGCCAGCGCCUUGUUCAUCCUGCCAAAAGAAGGAAAGUUAUCUGAGAUAGAACAGAAUUAUGGUAAAGAAUUAAUUUUCAAGUGGAAAAAAUCAAUGAACAAACGGUUGAUCGACUUAUUCCUCCCCAAAUUCUCGGUCUCUGGUACUAUCAACCUUAAAAAUACAUUAAGUAAAUUUGGUGUAGUAGACGUCUUCUCAGAUAACGCUGAUCUUUCCAAUAUUACUGGAGAAGCCAACGCAAAGAUUUCAAAGGCCAUCCAUAAAGCUGUGCUCACUGUGGAUGAGAAGGGGACAGAAGCGGCCGGCUCCACAGCCCUUGAGGCCAUCCCCAUGAUGCUUCCUCCUCGCGUUGAAUUUAAUCGCCCCUUUAUAUUUUCAUUGUACGACUACAAAACCAGAAGUGUUCUUUUCACGGGAAGAAUUGUCAACCCACAGAAAUGAUUUGCUCCAUAACUUUUUUCAUACAGUAAAAUAUAAUGAUUUGCCCAUUUUGUAGUUUUUUGUUUUUAUUUCAUAU